AUGGCGCGCGCACCUCCUACUCUUCCCAUCAUUAUCGUGGGUGCUGGCAUGGUCGGCCUUACCCUGGCUCAAGCCCUUAGAAAAGCAAGCAUUCCGUACGAGGUCUACGAGCGCGAUACUUCGUAUGAUACAGAGAAAGGCCGUGGAUGGGCUUUGACUGUCCAUUGGGCCCUUAGGGCGCUUGAAGAAUGCCUUCCAGCAGAGAUUUUCCACCGCCUCCAGUCCAUCCAAGUCGAUCCUACUCUUGAUGAUAGCCGGCGCUUUUGCUUUAUUGAUUUGGCAACCGGAGCGCCGAAAUAUGUCAUUCCUCCAACAAAGCGUCACCGCGUCAACCGCCGCUUGCUUGGGAACCUACUCGGUGAGGGCAUCGACAUCACUUACAGCAAGAGCAUGUCUGGGUUCGAUGUGAAAGGCGACGAGGUUGAAGUCACAUUCGCCGACGGAACCUCUACAAAGGGAUGCAUGCUAGUUAGCACCGAGGGGCGAAAUAGCAAGACUCGCCGUCUCCUACUCGGCGAGAGGCUGGGAGGUCUUAACCCCCUGCCAGUUUGCAGUAUCGGCGCAACGAUAACCAUGACCCCAGAGCAAUUCGCCCCAAUUAUCACUAUUGAUCCUCUUCUCUUUCAAGGAACUCACCCAGAGACAGGCGUGUAUAUGUGGUUCUCUCUUGUCUCUAGUCCAACAAUCAACGGUAGUCUUGGGACAGAACAUCCGUUCUAUGAGGGCCAGCUGAUCCAAUCUUGGCUAAACAAGAGUGAAGCCGACAAGGUUCCGGAAACAGACGCAGAGCGCCUUGCAAUCUUUAAACGCAAUGCACAGAAUUUCGACCCUCGGCUCCGCGAUGCGGUCCUGUCCAUGCCGGAAGAUACGAAAGUAUUGCACAUUAAACUGGUUGACUGGGUCCCAAUACCAUGGGAUAAUCAUAAUGGGCAUGUCACAAUCGCUGGUGACGGUGCUCACGCGAUGACAUCCUACCGAGGAGAGGCUUUCAACCACGGUGUUGCAGAUGCCGCGGUGCUUAGCAAGAAUUUAAUUUCUGCUUGGCAUUCUGCUGAUUCGGGUAACACAAUAAAAAAUGCGGUGGAUGCGUAUGAGAAAGAGAUGCGCGCCCGUACCUCUGAUGCUGUGUUACUCAGUACACAGGCUUGUUUGGAGGCGCAUGAUCUCAACGCAUUACAGCCAGACAGCCCGUGUGUGAGCAAGAGGGCGCAGGUUGCCAAGGAAGCUAGAGAGGCGAGAGCGCAGGCUCGACUAGAAAUGGCGGUUUCAAUUUGA